AUGGCGAGAUAUAGGGAAAGAAAAAUCCCUAUAGUAAAGUUUCAACUUUCGAUUUCAGAUAAUAGUAGAUCAAAUCAUCCUCUUGAUUUCCCUAAGAUGGAUAAUUCGCUCGGCAUUGCUCUUCAGAAUAGUGUAAAAGAUCUCGUCUGUAAGGUUUCUAUUCCCUCAUACCCCUUCCCUGUUUUCACAUUCUUGGCAGAAAAUUCUUUAAGAGAAUUGGUUAUGUGGAAAUGUAAUCUGACGGAUAUUUCAUUAUCUACUAGUCAAGUGGCAAGCUGCCAUUCUUUGAGAAAGUUUUCUCUAUCUUUUGUUUGUUUAGACCAAAACUUGCUUCAGACUCUGCUCAAUUGCUGUCCAUUGAUUGUCGAUUUCAUCAUUGUGCAUUGUUCUUUAUUGACAAACAUUGAGCUGCGGAAUCUUCAAAAUAUCAAGUCAGUUUCCAUUAAUAGCAACCACAACCAGAGUGUCAAAAUCCAAGCACCAACUCUCGAACACUUGUCUUAUUCAGGGUGUCGUUGGGAACAAUUCCCUGUAUUGGAUAUUGCUGAAUGUCAAAAUCUAAAAUCUUUAGAGCUAUCAUGUAUGAGGAUAUCUAGAGGAUUUCUCCAGCACCUUAUUUCUACAUCUCAAGUCCUUGAGUGUUUGAGAUUAUAUGACCUUUCUACAGGGUGGGAAAGGUUUAAAAUUUUUGGGAGUCAAUCCCUAAGUUCUUAG